GUUAGUUGCGUACAGUGUGUCGCGUUACCAGGGGUAACGUGCGUAAAGCGCGCAGAUUGCAGAGUUCGGUGUUGUCAGUGGCUGAACGGGAGAAUUAUGUCGUGCCGGGUUUCGGGAGUGGACCGGCUCCGGGUCUGCGCGGUUCUGGAGCGCUGUGCGGACCAGCUGGACAUUCUGGGACACAUCAUGCCGAAGAACCGGAGGAGCCGCCCGGGGGCUGAGGAGGCAGAGGCUGCACAUAUCAGCGUGAUCAUUAAACAGCACCAGGCCGCUGAGAGUCACCUGAAGACUGUGCGUAAGAGUCGGGUAAAUGAUUCUGAACUCUCUGAGGCAGUGGAAGAGCUUCAUCUGUCCCAAAACCAGCUCAGACGCACGCUGGAGGAAAGCUCAUCCUCCCACAACAAUCUGGCCAAAGUGGAGAGAGACAGGCAGUUUGUAGCCAAGGUGAUCUCAGACCUGCUGGCUGAAAUUCAAGAGAGUGGCACUUUUCACAGCCUGGUUCAGGCAACGGAGGAAGAGAGGAAGAAGAGCGAUGGUGAAGAUCACCUGCAUGACACUGUCAUAAGGGAGGAGCUCAGGAUUAAAGCCUUGCGAAAGCAGCUGGUUGAUGUUCAGGAGGAGAAAACAUCAGAACUUGAGAGGCUGGAGGGCAUAAAGGUGGAACUGGAGCAGCAGCUGCAGCAGAUCACACUCAAGAAGAACAUAGAGAAGAACUACGCAACCAGCAGUGCUGAGCUGCUCAUCUACCAGGGACAGAAACUGGCCAAUCAGAAGGAGCAGGGGCUGGAGGAGGAGAAAAAGAUGCUACAGGCUAAGAUUGAGGAGGAGAUCAGGGUUUACAUUGAGAAUGAAUCAUUCCUUAAAACAUAUCAAACAGGCCUGGAGGAAAAGUUAGAUUACUGGAUGGAGCGUUAUGAGAAGCACAUAGAGGCAAAAGACCAAGAGCUUACCAGUCUGAAAAGCCAGAGGGCUAACACCCGGGCGCAGCUGCACAGCCUGGCUAAAAAGUGCCGAGAGAUGGAGCGGGUCAUUACUGACGACCACCUGGAGAAGGAGAACCGGCGGCAGCAGCUGGAGAGGCAACAGCUGGAGAGAGAGGCAGCAACUAAGAUUCAGGCAUGGUGGAGGGGAACACUGGUGAGAAGAGGCCUUGUCUCCAACAAGAACAAGAGCAAGAAGCCCAAAGCUAAAGGGGGUAAAAAAGGAAAAGGAAAAAAGAAGUGAUGCAAUCUCUGAAGAUUACUGAAGGUUAUAAAAAAUAA